ACAACACCCUUUGUCUCCACUUUGAUAAGGAAGUUUCGAAAAAUCCCAACCCAAUACAAGAUGAAGUACCUUUUCGUGGUUGCCCUUAUUGCCCUGGCCAUCCAGGUGGCUUCCUCUGCCAGUACCACUACAACAACUGAUGCCACCACCACAACAACAACCACCACUGCAGCAUCGACCACAACAACAACAACGGCCGCUUCCACUCACAAAAAGCUUUGUUGGAGGGGCAACAACUGGUGCCACACUCGCAUUCCCAAGCGGAAGUGCAAGAACCCAAAGAGAUGCCACAAGACCAUCGUGAUUGUGACCCACAGAAAGAACUAAGGGCUUAAGAUCAACAAGUUUGAAGAAAAUAAAACAUUUAACAGUUACUAGUUACGUACUACUUCAAUAACCAAAGUAACUUUCCGAUUAUAGUCACAUAAACUUAAUGAUUUUGACUAUAUAUCUUUUAAUUUGGUUACUUGCGAUACUCACAUACAAAGCC